AUGCAGGCUUCUAGCAGCCUUAGUGGUAUAGCAGAUAUUUAUUUUCAUGGAGUUGGUGGCCGCACGAUACCAAAAUUUCGUAAAUUCGACUUCAAUGUGGUGCGCCAACUGGUCCCAGAUGUGAUUAUUGUGGAGCUUGGCUCCAACGAUCUGGUGGAGCUCUCACCGCAGACAGUGGGUUCAGAACUGGAAAGUUUAGUUCAGGAACUGUACAAGAUUGACUCUGUUCAAUUUGUUGUCAUAGGGCAAGUUCUCUGUAGGCAUACACCGAACUCAGUUGGGUACAAUUGUAAAGUGGGCAAGCUUCACCAAUAAUUUAAGGUUGUCCUAGAGCCGUUGCCUUUUUGUUAUUACUGGCGGCAUAGAGGUUUCUGGAAAUCCAAAAGCGAACUCUACUUAACCGAUGGAGUACAUCUUAACAAUUUAGGCAACUGUAAAUUUAUGCGCAGCAUUUGCAAGGCGGUUUUGCAGGCCUUAAAGUUAGUGGGUGCAUCAACAGUUUACUCAAUGCUGUGCCCUGUAGUGGCCAGUUCGAUAUUUAAAUGGCGAUGUUAUAAUACAUUUAUGAGAUGCUGUGUCACAUGUACAUUUACAACUUUGCAGGCUAUAUCAUAUGUCAUCAUACAUUUUAAAUGCUUUAUUGUGGCAUGUUUUGUACUUGACAUUUAUGACUAUUUUGGUGUGUUACUCACCUGGUGGCUACUGUUUACUACAUUAGUGUGCCCCACUCACUCAAGCCAUUAUAGGACAAAUGUCCUUUUUACAAUGUCUCGGAUUAUUUUUUUGUCAUUAUGUUGCCUGCUCUUGAUUUGCCCUUGACAUUCUUUGGCUUCCGUUUUUUACUUGGAGUCUAGUUGGAGCGGUAUAGCCCAACUCUCUUACGCCAUUGUGGAAUGACUCAGAUAUCUUUUUUGUCUCUUAAACGUGUUUCCGUUACAAUUUACAAUUGGCAUGGGCACAAUGAAAGCCCGCCAAAAACCAAGGAACACACCCACUAAGUUUGAGGGUAUUACAAUACUUUUAAUUUUUGUUGGAGUAACAUAGUGUACAUUUUUCAUAAGAAUGCCUCCUAAACGAGCCUCAAAGCGCCAGGCAGCAAAAAGACCAGCCCCUGCAGUUGAUCCAAAACAACGCCGGCCAGAAAGUUGCCCUAUUUCCAGGGCCCUGCCGGAGAGCUCAGCACAGCCACUGGAGUCCUCCUCGCAGUUAUGCCCCACCGAGCUUGGGGCAAUAAUUUCACAAGCUAUCUCCGGCGCGUUGCAGUCAGUCGGCAUCGUCCAAACAAACCUUGCUCCCGCCGAAAGGGACCCAGGAACGAACACCCAGUCCAUGCCCCAGUCCACCGUGGUCGAGGACACCGCAUCAAAGGAAAUCGAGGCAUUGACGAACACUCUGGCUGCUGGUAGGCUAACUUUUCCAACCAAGAAACCAGAAGAAACGUUUUCAAGUGUCACUUUCGACCUCGAAUCUCGGAUUUUAGAUCGUGUCAAGGCGAAGAUUUGGGUGAACGAAUAUGUAGAUUUUGGGUCACUCCUCACAGUGUCCCGGACGAGUCAAAAUAUCGUAUAUCUGUCACGGAUGAUCAUGAUCACCCUAGUCUUUGCCUUGAGCAGGUCAAAGCAAAGUGGCGUAGCUUAA